AUGCUUGAAUCGCGACCGCACACCACACAAAAGCCGUCGCUGUCCGUUGGACCCACUGUGCGGGGCGGCGUUAAUUACAUUCCAAAGCGGGGUUUUAGUUUCCAAAGCGACGCGCGUGCGCAGAUGAAGUUUCGGGCGCUGUGCGCGCUGGCGCUGGCUGCGUGGGCGUGCGUGGCGCGUGAGCGCGCAAGGCGACGACCCGACGGCGCGCGUGAGCUGCUUGCCGUGCCGGACGGAGACCCAGCCGCAGAAACUGCACCGCGUGCGCCCGAGCAGUGCCGCAGCGGGAUGGGUCAUGCGCUGCGGCUGCUGCGACACCUGCCUCGUGAAGGCUCCUUCUGCAUUGGGUUUGUACCGACGAACGGUGUAUGCAACCCGCCAAUGCGUUGCUUUGGCAACUUCUCCAAAGCGACGCUGCGCGCGCAGAUGAAGUGCGUGGCGCUGUGCGCGCUGGCGCUGGCUGCGUGGGCGUGCGUGGGCGUGCGCGCGCAAGGCGACGACCCCGAACGGCGCGUGAGCUGCUUGCCGUGCCGCGACGGAGACCCAGCCGCCAGAAACUGCACCGCCGUGCGGCCCGAGCACUACCGCAGCGGGAGGCUGACGUGGUGCGGCUGCUGCGACACCUGCCUCGUCUACAUCGUUGACGGACAGUUCUGCGUGGGCGCAAUACCCACGAACGGAGUGUGCAAUCCGCCGAUGCAAUGCGAAGGCAACGUGUGCCGCAACUCAUAGACACAUGCGCUUUAAGCUGCAUGCAAGAAUGCUAUAUUUAUACAUUUUAUAUUUAAACACGUUGGAUGUUGCGUGUUUAUGUCACUAGCUACAAGUUAAUGACAUAAAUAUUUUAAAUUUCUACCAACACUGUGUUCAAUUUUUUUUCGUUUAAAUGUAACGUAGAACCAUCUCCCGG